CUAGUCCCCUCCCUCAGUUUCUUGGAUUUUCGACUUUACAUCUCAGAGCUCACAUCCUCAGGUUCAUGCUUCUCUGCUUAAACUCGUCUCAGCCAUGGAACUCGGCCCUCCCAACUCUCAUCCUCCUCCCGAAAUGCAAAACUGUAAACGAUGUAAAGCAAAUCCAUGCAAGGCUUUUAACAACUGGGUUUAUCGAAAACACUCCUCUCACCACCAAAAUCAUCCUCAAUUUCAUUUCUUCACCUCAAGCGCCUGUCGUUGAAUUCGCUCGCUACGUCUUCUUUACGCGUCACGCUUUUCGAAUUCUUCGAGAACACGGUGACCCGUUUCUUUGGAAUGCGGUUAUUAAGUCGUAUUCGCAUGGGUUUGAACCAAGACAAGCUUUGGUUUUGUUUUCUUUGAUGCUUGAGAAUGGGGUUUGUGUGGACAAGUUUACUUUCUCUUUGGUGUUGAAAGCGUGUUCCCGUUUGAGUUUGGUGAAGGAAGGAAUGCAGGUACAUGGGCUGUUGAAGAAGAUGGGAAUGGGCUUGAGUUUGUAUUUGCAGAAUUGUGUAAUCGGCUGGUAUUUGAGAUGCGGCUUUGUUGGAUAUGCUAAGCAAUUAUUUGAUAGAUUGCGAAAGCCAGACUCUGUUUCGUAUAAUUCGAUGAUCAACGGGUAUGUGAAGUGUGGGAUGAUUCAAUCCGCACGCGAUUUGUUUGAUUGUAUGCCGGUGGAGGAGAAGAAUUUGAUUACUUGGAAUUCAAUUACUAGUGGGUAUGCGCAGUCUAAAGACGGGCUUAACAUUGCAUGGGAUUUGUUUGAGAAAAUGCCUGCAAGAGACUUGGUCUCUUGGAACACAAUGAUUGAUGGGUGUGUAAAACAUGGGAAGAUGGAAGAUGCUCAUCGUUUGUUUAAUCGGAUGCCAAAAAGGGAUGUGAUUAGCUGGGCAAAUAUGAUCGAUGGGUAUGCAAAAGUGGGAAAUGUUGACGUAGCUAGAAGUCUAUUUGAUGGGAUGCCAGAAAGAGAUGUUGUUGCCUGUAAUGCCAUGAUGGCUGGCUAUGUCCAAAAUGGUUAUUGCUUGGAAGCUAUAAAAAUAUUUCAUGAUAUGAAAAGUAGGAGUGCAAUGUUACCUGAUGAUGCCACAUUGUUGAUUGUUAUUUCUGCAAUUGCCCAGUUAGGACACAUUGAAAGAGGGGUUUCUAUACAUCGCUAUCUAGAGGCAAAUGGGUUCUCUUUGAAUGGAAAUGUUGGCGUUGCCCUCAUUGAUAUGUAUUCUAAAUGCGGCUGCAUAGGGAAUGCUAUAUCAGUCUUUGAGGAUGUUGAAGAAAAAAGCAUUGAUCAUUGGAAUGCUAUGAUUGGUGGAUUCGCCAUUCAUGGCUUGGGUGAAUUGGCUUUUGAUUUGCUCAUGGAGAUGGAGAAGCUUUGUGUAAAACCUGAUGAUAUCACAUUCAUCGGAGUUUUAAAUGCUUGUGGCCAUGCUGGCUUAGUGAAGGAAGGUCUGAUGUGUUUUGAGCUUAUGAGAAGAUUUCACAAGGUGAAACCAAAACUGCAACACUACGGAUGCAUGGUGGACAUUUUUUGCCGUGCUGGACGUAUAGAAGAAGCCAGGACAUUAAUAGAGGAAAUGCCCAUUGAGCCAAAUGAUGUGAUUUGGAGGACUUUCCUUAGUGCCUGUAAAAAUGAAGAAGAAUUGGAUAUUGGGGAGCCCAUAGCUAACCAUCUAAUUAGGUUGGAUUCUUGUAAUCCAAGUUCUUAUGUGCUUCUGUCUAAUAUGUAUGCUGGCCGAGGUAUGUGGAAGGAUGUGAGUAGAGUUAGGAUGAUGCUAAAAGAAAGAAACCUGAAAAAAAUUCCCGGUUGCAGUUCGAUUGAACUCGAUGGAACUGUCCAUGAGUUUUUUGUGCAAGAUAAGUCCCACCCUCGAGUUACAGAGAUAUAUACCAUGUUAAAUAGUUUGUGAAUUCCCUGUUCAGGGUCAACCCAUUGUAGAAGUUGAGUUGGAUCACCUGUCUGUGGAUAACGAGUUAUUUGCUGAAUGCAACCUUGUAAAAUGUCACCCCACCUGUAACACUUAGCACAAACUGCCAUGUCCAGAGUAUCUGUUAGAGUCAACUGUCUAUAGACGCUAGUCUUCGCGUCACAUUGAUUAUAAGUAUCUACAAUUCUACAUGAAAGCUUAUAUGUCGAUUCCCUGUUUGAUUGGAGAUUUUUUUUUUUUUUUUUUUCAAACUUUUUGUGGGGAAGGGAUUUGGUCGUUCUCUGUUGAAUAUGCCAUAGCAAAAAGUUCUAUUAGAAAGUGUUACGGGGACCAAAUAAGGAAGGUGCAUUAUGAAUAAGGAAGGAGCGUCCAGCAAGUCUAGGAAAUACUGUUUUGGCAAUGUUGCCCUGUUUUGGAAUAAAUCAAUUAGUAUUUAAUUUACUAAUUAUGCUUAUUUUUGGUUAGUUGAAUAACGUGAGGACUAUAACUUUGUAAGGGAGGAUGAAUGGAGGUUAUUAGAAAUUAUUCACAAAACUUGUUUUGAA